AAACCAAAAUGGCUGCUCUCAGAGAUUAGUUGACAGUCAGCUGGAUUCGGUUUGAUUAGAGCCUUCUGUAUUUCAACGACUCUCUAAGAUGAAACGACUAAAUAAGUAGCACAGCAGCAAGAGUGAACGUUAUUCAUAAAACUACGGAUACACUGUAUUUAGAGAUCACAAUGAUCAAGUUCCUUCUGAUGGUUAACAAGCAAGGCCAGACCCGCCUGUCUAAGUACUAUGAGCAGGUGGACAUUGAGAAGAGGCCUUCUCUGGAGACUGAUGUUGUCAAGAGAUGCCUGUCACGCAAAAAAGAAGAGUGCUCUUUUGUGGAAUACAAGGACUUCAAACUAGUGUAUCGACAGUAUGCUGCUCUUUUCAUAGUUGUUGGUAUCAGUGACACUGAGAAUGAGCUGUCAAUCUAUGAGCUGGUACACAACUUUGUUGAGGUUCUUGACAAGUACUUUAGUCGUGUGAGUGAAUUGGAUAUCAUGUUCAACCUGGAUAAAGUGCACAUCAUCAUUGAUGAGAUUAUCCAGAAUGGACACAUAGUGGAGACCAACAAGAACCGCAUCCUGGCACCUCUACUUGCUCUGGACAAGAUGGCUGAGGCACAUUGAGCAGUUGUUUGAACCAUAGACUUAAACAUCGCAUCAUUGUAUCUGUCCAGUUAUGACGUCUUUAAGAGCACGGGCAGCGCCAUUAAGGCCAUCUCCAUUAUGAAGUAGUCAAUUUUCUUCUGAGUUGGGAAACUGAAAGGGUGCACACUGCCACCUAGAGUGUGUUGUUUGAACAGGAAUAAAGCAGAGGUUGGCGAUUUACUGAC